AAUUCCAGUUCCUCCUCUGCAUCGAAAAAAAAACUCAUUAAUUUUUUAAAAUUUUCGUCGUUUGCACGGAAAAAUCUCCGGAGUGACGACGAUUUAUUGUCCAGGAUCGUCCGGCAUUCGCGAUGAGCAUGAGAAUCCAUCGACACGUGCCAAAUGCAUUCACGAAUCGUCGACAUACACGCCAUUUGCAUUUUGAGAUUAUUCCAAAUUUUUUUCACGAUUUCACCGACGUUUUUUUAUUUUCACAUUCGUUCCCUCGUUCCUGGGAGAUUCUACCGAACAUUUGAUACUUCACUGGGAUAUAACAACACAAAAUCGGGCUGUACGUGACCUCAACAUCUCCUGUUUACACCUCGAGUGGCCUCUGUGUCUCCCCGUCCCCCCCUUCGACCCCUCCCGGCGUCAGUCAUUCGCGCGGUUUCUCGCCCGCAGGACCACUCUAACCUCUCAAUUACCAAAGCAGUGAUGUAAAAUGUCUCCCCACGCCUAAAUAACCGAUAAACACUGGCACUUCUCACAAUUUCAUUCGGACGUGUGUAAAACAUUCAUCAAGAUGAAAGCAGACCUCUUGACUUGUUUAUUACGACAGUGGUGAUCAUGAAGGGAUCGAUUGUUUAACGUUGUCUAGUGUCCACACUCAUGGGUUAUCGAGGGACAAUGGACUCACCUCAAAGCACCAGAAAAGAGAAGUGAAAGAGAGAAAAGAACAGUACUGCGAAUAAAAAAGAAGGGAAAUGGGGGAAAAAAGAGGUUAAGAGUGCAUUACCACUGGGAUGUACACUGGAUCGACUUGGAGACGAUUAAUUAGUUUUUAUUGGGCCUCACAGUGUGCGGCAAUCAGUGGGCCUUGUUGUAAAACGCUGGUGGAGUUGGUGGGUGAGGGCGGGGGGAAUAAAUAAAUAAAUUUCAACGGUGGACCGAAAAUCCGGAGAAAACGAUGAAGAGAUAUAUCCUGGUGUGGGGGCUAACGAGGUCGAAUUCUAAUUAAUUCAUGGGAGGAGUUUAUUUUUCUGACGAUCCGUCAAUAUGCAAACGAGGGAAUUGUAGAAUGGCUCUGGCUCCCCUUGUGACUCCUUUCUUCUACCAACACGUCCUCGAGAUGAUGCCCACGAGGUUGUUGUCCCUCGACUGCUACAGGUGACGAGCCCACUUCUCUGGAAGCCCCUGAUGACACCACCUGACACCCACACUAGCCAACAAAACUCACUUCUCCCUUCCCCUCUACCAGCAACAUAUUCACGAUCACAUCUACUCCACGGGAGGUCACACACUCCCUAACACCCUGAGAAUCAGCUUCAUUCUCAUCAUCUCAAGGAGCUAAACGAGACAGCCCUAAAAUGCAGAACCUCUUAAGGAGAAUAAUGGGAGCAAUUGAAAUUGGGACUCCAGGUAUAUCUACCGGAAGAGGCCAAACCGGGAAAAAGCUGAGGGGGGGGGAGUGUGAGUUUUAUUUGGACGGAGAGUUCAAGGAUUCUGGAGCACAAGCACUGGACCAUGAGAAGAUAGUGAGCUUUUCGAGGACAAAUGUACACGUCGGUACAGCGUUUGGGAUAUUCCAAAGAUGUGAGGAAUGAUCACGUGGGUUAUGGUAGGGCUGCUCCUAGCUGCGGAAACUACAUGCGGCAGGAAUCUCGUAUCGGAAAACGAGGUUGGCAAGGACGAGUUGAAAACGAAGCAAAAUGGACUGAAGAGGCCAGCGGACGAGGAAGACACAUAUCGUCUAACGUGCUACACUUGCGUCAACGUCAGCGAUAACCAGAUGUGCAAUAAAUGGGCUAUAGACACACCUUGUCCAACUGGUGGUCGGGAUUUCUGUCGAUCGCUGCAUAUUCUUGACAGUCGUGGCAACAGUGUCUUGGUCAGUAAGAGUUGUGCCAGCAGUGCCGAGUGCGGUCCAGCAUCCGUCGGUUGUGUGCCUGUGGACACCCAGAGAAUUUGCAUAAGCUGCUGUGACAUGAGUUACUGCAAUGUUGAGUCACCCACGAACUCCACAAAUGCAAUAUACACACGCAAGAGACGUGGUAAAUCCAAAGGUAAAAGAAAGAAACCGGGGAGAAAUGAUUCUGGGACAGCUAUUCGUCGCAUCUCCAAUCUCAGUCUGACGACACUCGUGGCCUCACUCCUGUAUGCAUAUCAUUGUUGAGGGAAGACGAGAAGGAAAUAUGAAUUCCCCGAAACUAAAAACUAAUUAAUUAAUUGAUAAACUAGCACAAAAUAAAAGUGAUGAAUUCAAAUUUAAAAAAUGAGGAAUUGUUCCAUCUCUUCUUGAUUAUUAAUCAAUUUUAGCUCAUACCUUGUUGAAAGCAAUUAAUUUUUCAAUUGACGAAUUGAUCAUUUAUUUUGCUAAUUAAAUGAAUGAUAAAAAUGAACAAUCAGUUCCAAUUGUGUUCUGUAAGAACUAAAAUGAUAAAUCAAUUAGUUGACCAAUUAUUUUUUCAUUGAUUAACGUGAAUCAACGAUGGAUCUAAUGUGUUUUCAAACGAGAUCAAUUACUAAAAAAAAUACUAAACAAGUAAAUUAAUUAAGAAUAAAUAAUGUAGGUGAAUGAAAAUGAAAACUGAAGCGAAAUCGUUAUUUUGGGAUUUCGAUGAUGGAGAUAACGGUCCUAGGAAUUCAAUUAGACUCAUGCCAAAUAAAUCUAUCGUAAUUGAAAAAUCAUGAAUAAACUAAUGCAUUAAUUAAGAAACUACUGGAAUGCCGGAGUUUGAAUUGAGGGAUUGGGAUGGGGCUAAUUCGACACAAUGCGUACCUAAUGCUGUUUAACUUUUGAGAAUCUAUGGACUCGCCUACUUGAGACUCACUGCUACUACUACUAAUUAUAUAUACACAAUGGAGAUAUAUAUUAGAGAUAAAAUACAUUGUUUCGGCAUAAUGUAAUACUGUUG